AUGGUAACGUCUCUAAGUGUCAAACAGGAAGCAGCCUGGGAGGUUUCGGAGGUUCGGAGACUUUUUCUAACCACUUCAGGAAUGUUUAGUUUGGUCCAACUGUCGACGCUCGGCUCAUCAAAUGGUCCGGCGGAGGCGUUGAUGGUCGACGGGUACUUCACCAUUUGCACCGGACAAGAAUGUAGCAGAGUGUGUGUGGACCACCAGGACGGAGAGGACACCUCUGAGCCAUCGUUAGGGUCUGACAUCUACACACAGAGAGAGAGACCGGUCCUGGAUCUGAGGCUGUGUAUCAGCUGCUGGCCCUGUCAGAGCCACCGGACACCCAACCCCGGACCCCCCAACCCCAAACCCCCCCCCCCCUUUCUACGGGAGCUCAGCUGGACUCCAGAGGGGGACGCAGGGAAUCAAACGCCCGGUGCUGAAGGUAAACACGGAGCUGCUGUGAUCUUAGCUGAGAAACUGAAAGACGUUGAGCCCAUCGUGAAGAUCGUGGAGCUGGACGGCAGCGACCUGGUGAAGGAUUAUUCAGACGACAUCGAGCGAAUGUUGGGAAGCAAGAUGAAGUCAGUGAAGAGGUUAGCUGAGUCAGCAGAAGACGCUGACCUGUACCACGACUUCAACGCCACUCUAGAGUUCGAUUACUACAACGCCAUGAUGAUCAACUCUGCGGACGAGGACGGGAAUUACCCGGAGCUAGGUGGAGAGUUUCCUCUGGAGGAGAACGAGCACUUCAACAACCUGCUGGUGAACACGCUGCAGAGCAACAUCCAGGUUCCCACUAACGUCUACAACAAAGAUCCUAACAUCCUGAACGCCAUUUAUAACUCGGAGGCGUUAAACGACGUCUUCAUCAAUAACUUCCAGAAGGAUCCGACUCUCACCUGGCAGUACUUCGGCAGCUCCACCGGCUUCUUCAGGAUCUACCCCGGUAUUAAAUGGACUCCGGAUCCAAACGGCGUUGCAGCUUUCGACUGCAGGAACAGAAACUGGUACAUCCAGGCGGCUACGUCUCCGAAGGACAUCAUCAUCAUGGUGGACAUCAGCGGCAGCAUGAAGGGGCUGAAGAUGACCAUCGCUAAACACACCAUCAACACCAUCCUGGACACGCUGGGAGAGAACGACUUCGUCAACGUCAUCGCUUACACUGACUACGUCCGCUAUGUGGAGCCGUGCUUCAGAGGAACGCUGGUGCAAGCCGACCUGGACAACAGGGAGCACUUCAAGCUGCUUGUGGAGGACCUGCACGUUAAAGGAGAAGCCAAGAUCAAGAACGCCAUGAAGGAGUCCUUCAAAAUCCUCAAUGAGGCCAGGGUGAAUGGUCAGGGCAGCAUGUGUAAUCAGGCCAUCAUGCUGAUCACAGACGGAGCCAUGGAGGACUUUGAGUCGGUCUUUGAGGAAUUCAACUGGCCUGAUCGCAGGGUGAGAGUCUUCACCUACCUCAUCGGCAGAGAGAUGACGUUCGCUCAAAACACCAAGUGGAUCGCCUGCAACAACAAAGGUUACUACACACACAUCUCCACGCUGGCCGACGUGCAGGAGAACGUCAUGGAGUAUCUGCACGUUCUCAGCCGGCCAAUGGUGAUCAACCACGACCAUGACAUCAUCUGGACGGAGGCCUACAUGGACACUGUGCUUCCCAACACCAAAGAGCUCUUCACCACUAAAGCUCAGAGUCUCCUCCUGAUGACAUCAGUGGCGAUGCCGGUGUUCAGUAAGAAGACGGAGACGCUGUCCCAUGGCAUCCUGCUGGGCGUGGUCGGCUCUGAUAUCCCACUGAUGGAGGUGAUGAAGCUGGCGCCCAGAUACAUGCUCGGAGCUCACGGCUACGCCUUCCUCAUCACCAACAAUGGCUACAUCCUGGCUCACCCUGACCUUCGACCUCUGUACAAAGAUGGAAAGAAACUGAAGCCAAAGCCAAACUACAACAGUGUGGAUCUGUCUGAGGUGGAGUGGGAGGACACAGAGGAGAAGCUGAGGACGGCCAUGGUGAAGGGAGAGACGGGCAGCAUCAGUCUGAACAUCAGAGCAUCAGUAGAUAAAGGGAAAAGACCUCUGUUCCUCACCAAUGAUUAUUUCUACACCAACAUCGAUGAGACGCCUUUCAGCUUCGGCAUGGCGCUGACGAAGGGUCACGGGAGGCUGAUGAUCAUGGGAAACGUGUCUGUGGAGGAAGGUUUGCAUGAUCUCAUCUCUCCGGACCUCUUCAUCGCCUCUGAGUGGACUUACUGUGAGACAGACAUUGACCCGGCUCACAGGAAGUACUCCCAGCUGCAGGCGGCCAUCCGCUACCUGCUGGGGAAGGAACCCGACCUCGAGUGUGACGAGUUGUUGCUGCAGCAGACGUUGUUUGACGCCGUGGUAACGGCUCCACUGGAGGCGUACUGGAACGCCCUGAUGCUCAACGACAGGGUGGAGCCCGGUGUGGAGACGGCCUUCCUCGGUACUCGCUCCGGCCUGAUGAGGGUCGUGAGAUACGCAGGAGUGGAAACCAGAGUGGCAAAGAAGUUCCUGACUCCGGCCGAUAAAGACAACCUGUUCACCAUCGAUCACUUCCCGCUGUGGUACCGGCUGGCUGUGGAAAACACUCCCGGGAUCUUCUUCUACUAUCCCGUCAGCGACAAAGGCGUAAAGUUCGUUGUGGCGACGACGGCGGUGACGGUUUCAUCUGAAGGGAGGACGGCCAUGGCUGGGGCUAUCGGGGUGCAGAUGUCCUUGGAUUUGCUGGAAAAGAGGUUCUGGCCAUCGCCCAAACAGCCUCCCGACACAGACUGUUCGGUCAUCGAAGGCGUUUGUCCUCUGAGCUGUGAGAGCGCUGAUCUCAACUGUUUCCUGGUCGACAACAACGGCUUCAUCGUGCUGUCGAAAGAGAGGAACGAGAUCGGACGUUUCUUCGGAGCGGUGGACGGCUCUGUGAUGGCGUCGCUGAUAAAGAUGGGAAUGUAUAAAAAAGUGUCGUUGUUUGACUACCAGGCGAUGUGUAAGAACAGUCAUCAUCACGCCAGCAGCGCUCGGCCUCUGCUCAGUCCGUUCUAUGUGAUCGCUGCGUUGGUCAGGUGGUUCUUCUCCAACGCUCUGAUGUUCUUGCUGGACUUUAACCUGUGUGGUCUUUGGCACUCUGAUUACUUUGUGGAGGCCAAGGCCGGCUAUCACACCUCUCAUAAGCAGAAGAAGGUGGAGGCUUUACAGCCGUGUGAUACAGCGUAUCCAGGCUUCAUGUACGACUCGUCUGUCAGAGAAGCAAACAGCCUCAUCAAGUGUGGACGCUGCCAGAAGAUGUUCGUGGUGCAGCAGAUCCCUGACAGUAAUCUGGUUUUGGUCGUGACUCAGGCCGACUGUGACUGUUCCCGUCAGUACGGACCGAUAGUCCUCGACCCCAGAGAGAUCAAAUAUAACGCCACAGUGAAGUGCAACAGGAUGAAGUCUCAGAAGGUGCGACGGCGACCCGAGUCCUGCCACGCUUACCACCCAAAGGAAGAUGCGAAGGAAUGCGGCGGUGCAGCAGCCGUUUCCAUGACGACCUCUCUCUUCUCCGCCUCCCUGCUCGUCUCAUUGGUCCUCCACCGCUGGACGUAA